UGGAAGUUGCAUGGUCGAGUCAGAGGAGAGUUGUGUUUUAAACUGCAACACUUUUAGUUAACAUUAAUUUAGUCGGUUAAUCAGUAAAACCGAUUUUAGUCACUCAGGAACUAGUAUUCAAGAGUCUAACUGUUAAUUUGAGUUCACCGCGAAGCUUUAUUACUGUAAACUGACUUCUCAAACCCCUCCUUGAAAUGAAAGCGGGCGCGCUCCACUGUCGAUGUGCCAAAUGUUUCUCUCUGCCCGUCCGGAAGCGGGUUCGAAAGCGUGCGUCUGCCGUCACGCUGCUGUCCCUCCCCGAAGAGCUCCUCCUGUGUGUCCUCCGGUGCCUCUCCGCCGAGGAUCUGCUCGCCGUCAGAGCUGUUCAUUCCCACCUUCGGGACGUUGUUGACGGCAACUCGAGCGUCUGGGCACGAGUGAGUUUCAAAGAGCGCUGGCCGGCUCCUGAUAGCGUCUGGUUGUUCGAGAGAGCUGCGGAAAAAGGGAACUUCGAAGCUGCUGUGAAACUAGGAAUUGCGUAUUUGUACAACGAAGGACCUUCUCUCAGCGAGGAGGGCCGUGCUGAUCUGUGCGGACGCAUGGCCUCGCGCUUCUUCAGUCUGGCCGAGAGCCUCAGGUCGCCGCUCGCGGAGCCGUUCAUCUGGCUCUUCAUCCGGCCGCCCUGGUCCAUGUCUGGAGGCUGCUGUAAGGCCGUGGUGUACGACCGCCUCGAGGCCGAGUCCGAGACCAACCCGGGCCGGAGAGGGACGUUACUGUACUGUCUGGCUCGAGUCCUUCAGCUGUUUGAUGAUGAGGAGAAGCGUGAGGAGGCCGUGGCGAUGCUGAAGGAGUCGGCGCGCUGCGGGAGCGUUCAGAGCUCGUAUCUGCUGUGGGAGAUGAACCGCGGGGCGUCGACGGCUGACCCCGGCAGGUACCUCCAGUGUAUGCGCACGCUCAGGGACUACGCUGCCAAAGGAUGCUGGGAAGCUCAGCUGGCGUUCGCGAAGUUGUGUGUCACCACGAACCCUCUGGGUCUGGAGCCGCGGGCCUGCUCUGAACUCGUGUCCCAGUUCCUCCGCUCCGGACCGGCAGCCCUGAGAUACCCACAAAACCUGCAGGGACAGGACAUCACCACUAAGAGGUAUAUUCUGGUGGACUGGCUGGUGGAGGUGACCACCAUGAAGGACUUCUCCAGUCAGGCGCUGCACGUGACCAUCGGCUGCGUGGACCGCUACCUGAGCCUGCGCUCGGUGCCCAAGGCCCAGCUGCAGCUGCUGGGCAUCGCCUGCAUGGUGAUCAGCACGCGGUACAUCAGCAGAGAGAUCCUGACCAUCCGGGAGGCCGUGUGGCUCACGGACAACACCUACCAGUACGAGGACCUGGUGCGCAUGAUGGGGGAGGUCAUCUCCGUGCUGGACGGCAGGAUACGGACCCCCACGGUGCUGGAUUACGGCGAGGUGCUGCAGUGUCUGUUUCCCAUGGAGCGCCGCAGCUCUCACCUCUUCAGCUACAUCUGUGAGCUGUCCUUGCUCUGCUCGCCCCUCACCGUCCCGGGACCGGCCCGACUCGCCAGCGCCGUCCUGCUGCUCACCCGAGCGCUGCACAACUACGCUCCCGUGUGGCCCGUCCAGCUGGAGGACAACACCUCUUUCUCCAAGCACGACCUGGUCUCCUGCGCUUUAUUGCUCUACGUCAAGUGUUUCGGUCAGGACGUGCCCAAAGACUACAGACACGUGUCUCUGACCGGAGUCAAGCAGAGGUUCGAGGACGAGGCGUAUCAUCAGAUCAGCAGAGACGCGGUGAUGGGCUUUAAGGAGCUCUGUCAGGUGCUGGAGGUCCCGGAGGUGGAGCCCCUGCAGGUGGAGGCCCCCGGCGCUAGCAGCCAGCUGAGCGAGAUGCACACCUUCCUGUCCUCUCCCUCCAGCAACAACAAGAGGAGACGUGAGGACAGCAUGCAGGAGCACCGGGGCAGCUUCCUGGCCACGCCCACCGCCGAGCUGUCCACUCAGGAGGAGACGCUGCUGGGAGACAUCCUGGACUGGAGCCUGGACACUUCCUGCUCCGGCUACGAGGGCGACCGCGAGAGCGAGGGAGAGAAGGACGGAGAAAUGUCCUCCUCCAUGGAGGUGCAGGUGGAGCCGGCGCUCGACGGAGCCGAGCGGUGCUGCUCGCUCUCCAGCGACGACGACGGUCUUUGUGAAGAGCCUGCCGCCGCCGACGAGGAGGUGAUGGGCGGCAGCUGCAGACCCUGGACACGCCACCUAUCCUCCUCCUCCUCCUCCUCGAGCACCUUUAGCACCGACCGGCGCAGCUCGGGCUACUCGUCCAUCCGGAGCGCUCCCAGCCCGUCCAUGUCUUCCUCUCUGGCGUCUCCGCCGGACCCCGCGGGCUUCCGCCUCCUGCAGCCGGCCGCGCCGAGACCUCGCCGCCAGGUGAAGAGGAAGAACACGGCGGCUCACAGCGGAGGAGAGGCGGAGCUCGGUCGGGACGCGGGCUUCCUUAGCCUCUGACAGCUUCCUGGUUCGCGGGCGGCCGGAGGUCUUCCUCUCGGAGCAGUGAGAGCGGCAUGGCGUCCGUUUCGGAGCGUUAAAUACGAUCGGAAGAACAAGGGUCGUGUUUUUUUUCCUACCCAUAAUGCAUUUCGUUUCAGCUCGCGAUGACGGGAAGGCCUUGGCGAGCGACGGGAUUACAAUCACUGGAACUGUCACUGUUUUUGAACUCUUCUGUACGUCGCUACGUCGUCGUACCGUUUACAUAAAAGGGACUUCGUUUAUCAAUCGUUUUUACGAGGUCGCAUGCAGCUGCGGAGAAACCGCAUUCAGUCCACGACGUUUCAUGCUAACGGAUGCACUGCUCGGAAAAACUGGUUCGUUUACGUGAACGUUUCUCGUCGCGUAUGUUGAUUUUAUUUAUCUGGAACUGGACUGAACGACUCCAGUGUUUUUAUAUUUGCGCGUUGCUUUGUGUUCGCCACAAAUCUGCCAAAGUUUUCACAUUAACGACUUUUAUACUGUUUUUAUUUUAUUUUAUUUUCUGCUUGAUACCACUGAUGUUUUGACCUGUGAAGCCCGCGGAAGCUCGUUUCCGUCAUGGACUACAAAAAAAACGUAACUUUACCUCACUUUUUUUUUCCCCUUGCAUUUCGUUUGGCUUCACAAUUGUUUUGCGACAAUUGUGGCAAUUUUUGUACGCAAGGUGUGCGUUUGUGCGUCCUAAUUUAAAUCGUGCAAACUCGCAAUUGUGAGCUAAAUUCGCAACUUGGAGGGGGAAAAAAUUUUUCGAGUAUGUCUUUAGAUUCUGAGAAAAGUCGAAUAGCAAAAAAAAACAAAAAAAACGCGACUGGGAUAAAAUGUACUAAUAUAAACUUGUGAGUGUGGAGGGAAAAAGAGGAGUAUUUUUACAAUUACGAAUUUUUU